AUGAUAUUUCGACGACCCUUUUAUUCUUCUUCCGAGAUAAUCUCGAAAAGCGGAGAUGAUUCAGGGGUGACACAAGAGGAUUUGGAAGAAGAAGAUUUUCUUCUGGCAGAAGUCAAGGUCAAAAGUCUCAACCAUGAACGAGACUACUUUCGGCAGGAAACUCGCAUGCAAGCAUGGGAUUCCUACGUUUUGGUCAGUGUCCUGUGCACGUCGAUAUCCUACAAUGCAUUGCAAAGCUUCCGGUUAGACCCGAUCCACCAAGGCGUAUACAUCUACGAGACGGUUGUGGAAAGUCUCAUUCGAUUAACCGCAGGACUCUCCGUGGUCUGUGGAAUCUACGCCACCAUGGUCUUUACACUUGGCAUUCUCUAUGGGAAAACGGCAUUGGGAAUGGAACGAGAUGCUCAAUACGAUGACUUCUUGGAGCAAACGUUGGACGUCAGGAGAAAGGCUUUCAUGUCGUUCUCCUUUGCCUUGGGCUUCUUCUCCCUCUUGUCAGUAGUGGUGGUUUCGGAAAAGUUACCCCUGGUCCUGCACUUGCCUGUGGGAGCCUUUCUCAUUGGGGCUUUGAUUGUGGGAUACCAGGACUGGAAGAUACUGGUAGAUAGUGCUGCCCCAAUCUACAGGGAUGACUAA